AGCUGUCGAGCUAAAACUCUUGGCGUAGUAAACCAUAAAAGUAAGGCGAAAUUGGUAUUUUUUAGAUCUGAAAAUUUUCGUAAUCUAUUUCGAUAUCCAGACUCCCUCCUUGUUUAUGUUAUGUCUUUUACGUGCAACUACCCUUUGUUCAGUUUUACAUAAACCCAAGGAAGCGAAUUUCAAUUUUAAUUAGCGAAUAUCUAAAUAAAUAUAGCAACAUAUACUUACAAGCGUUAAUAUUUAUUUUUCAUAUUGCGUUAGGAAAACGUAAUAAAAUAAAUAUUAUGUGUACUGAAGGCAUACGUACAAACUACAUCACAUUACCUCAUGAAAUGAUCUUGGCAAGGGACGUAAAGGGUAAAAACAUAACAUUUUACCUUGAAUGAUACAAAACUCAUCGAGGAAACCAUGGGUUGGUGAUUAGAUGAUCAUGAAGAAGAAAUGUUUAAUAUCAAUCGUGGUGUUCUCGUUUGGAUGUCUCUCGGGCAUCUCCCCUGCACCACCACGAUUUCGUUUAUUUCCAUCGGUCGGCGUAGCUUUAUCAAAAUUUGCAAACAACACGAUCGAUGUCUUACACGGUGUAACUGGAGUGGUACAAGGAGGCCUCAACAUGGGGCAUUCGAUUUUAAAUAAAAUUGUUGGGGACAACGGAACCACAGGAGAGAAGAUUAUACGCCUUUUAAAUGAGUUUAGGAAAUACAUGCAAGCUGGUAUUCCAGAAUUCGGAAUACCCAUCCUAGAACCAUUAACUAUUGAAAGGAUUGAGAUUAACAUUACUUCAAAGAACGUGGGAGUGGUCACUGGCCAGAUGAAGAAUGUUGAAAUUCGUAGACUAUCUGAGUUUAAUGUAGACUACGUCAACUGGGAUUUCAAACACCAUCUAACACUCAACCUUUCUUUUCCUCAAAUUGAUGUUGAAGGACAAUACGCUAUAAAUGCUCGCAUUUCAAAACUGGUGAGAGUAUAUGGAAAGGGUCCAUUUUGGUUAAAACUGCAAGGACUUUCUCUUGGUAUGAUAAUGAAGAUGAAGUACGACUAUAUACAUGACCCGCCAUUUUACGUAGACUCAAUGAGGCUUGGUGUCAAACUAAAAAAACUAAAUAACAAUUUUACCAAUUUAAUGGAUGAUGAAAAAUUGGGUCGUUUAUUUAACGAAGUCAUUUCUAAUGUCACACCUAAUGCACUUGACGUUCUUUGGCCAGAUUUAGAACCUGGAGUUUCAAAACAGGUUGUACAUAUCAUUAACAAAAAGUUAAAAAUAUUUCCUCUAAGUAACUUAAUUGGAAGGGUUCUAAAUAUCUUCAACUUAAAUCAAGAUGUAAUUAAUAUUAAAUUAUAAAUAAUACAACUGUAAGGUAUGUAGAAAUAUAAAUGUAUUAAAUUAG